AUGCCUCAAAUGGAAGAUAUCCUAUCAAAUUCAUGGACUCUUUAUUUAUUUGCCCUGACGGCGUGGCAGCAGGCCAUCAUCGUGAUAUUAGAACUCACAGGCAAUCAGGCCUUCACUUCUUGGGUUGUUGUGUACUUCCGAAGGCGUUACUUCCUGAAACAUCUGGAACACAUCGUCAUCGCAGAAUCUGAGCGCGGUUCUGCUCAGCAUGACCGGGUGGGAGAGGCGCCCUCGCUCCGCACCAUACGUGAUGUGCUACUUCAAAGGUCACAAUCAGUCAAUGAGGAAGGACGCGCACGGCGCACGGGUCUUUUCUUCUCAGCCAAAGGUGACAGAACGCCCAUUCGCCCCGAAAUGGUCCGCCGCAUAGACGUAGAGCCCCACCGAAUCGACCCAACAGGCAGACACGCGUCCCCAUAUACGUCCGCUGUCGACGAGCAUAUGCACGGUGGCGCCGACGAGGCGUUGCGGCGCACGGCCAGCAGAAAUGACAGCCUACGCACAGACCGCUCGCCAUCUCCAUCUCCUCGCAAUACAACGGAGGACGACCUGGGCGGCUUUCCCGAUCCUCCGCAGGUCCUCUCGGGCGUGCUGCGCGCGUUGUUCCCGGGCCUGCACAACAGGCUGCGUCGCAGGAUGAUGAUGCCGCGGACGGAGACACUCGUCCCGCAGGCAAGCAUUGUGGAUGGGCGAGCACCGUCAAGCGGGCGCUGGAAGGCCGUGUCAUAUCUCCCGUUCAGCGCAACUGUGGGGAGGAACUCAGCCUUCCGCGGACUGAGCGCUGAGCAGAUCGACCAGCUCGGCGGCAUCGAGUACCGCGCGCUCACUGCGCUGUUAUGGAUCGUGCCGUUAUAUUACUUUGGGCUGCUCGCCAUUUCGUUUGUGGUCAUCGCUCCGUACAUGACAUUGCCGCGCUGGCAAUAUCUCUUCGCGCCUCCCGAACAACACCGGAAAAUCAACUCGAUUUGGUUCUCCGCUUUCCAAGUUAUUGGUGCGUGGGCGAAUACAGGAAUGUCCUUGGUCGAUCAGAACAUGGUGCCGUUCCGAGAGGCAUAUCCUAUGAUUAUAUUUCUUGUGCUAUGUGUAUUAGCUGGAAACUCUGCGUUGAUUAUCGGGCACGCUACUGACGUUAUCCAGCUAGCCAUCGAUCUGACCGCGUUAGUCUUCGAUCUCAUCCUCAACCUUGGAAACCCCGUGACGGACUCCAUUCCGGCGGGGGUGAGAGUCAUCAACGCUGUCCUGGCUGCGGCAGGAGUACGAAGCUCAGGCUUCCAGUCGAUUUCGGUGUCCACGCUUACCCCUGCUAACCAUGUACGUUCCACAAACGUGUACGAAGAGCGCGCGUUGGGUAUAUACACGGGGGACCACGACGACGUCGAAGACAACAUCAACGAGAAAGAAUGGCGAAGCGGCCAAGAGUCUCGUGUGGCCAUAUGGGGAAGAUAUAUACUGCGACACGCACGAAAACAACUUUCGAUUGACAUGUGGUGGUUGUCUCUGUCGCUGUUCUUUAUCUGUAUCAUCGAGCGAUCGCCCCUGAUGAACACAGACAACGCCUCGUGGUUCAAUAUAUGGGCAAUAAUCUUCGAGAUCGUAUCUGCCUAUGGGACUGUCGGCCUCUCGCUCGGUGUUUCUUACGCCAACUAUUCCUUGUCCGGUGCCUUUCACACACUAUCAAAGCUUAUAAUCUGCCUCGUUAUGAUCCGAGGACGACACCGCGAUCUCCCGGUAGCGCUCGACCGUGCUAUCAUGCUCCCUCGCGAGUUCCAACGACAUGAGGACGACGGUGCGAGGGUGCCGGGUCCAAUCUCCGAGGCAUCAUCUGUGCAAAAGGAACAUGAGCCCUCUACCCUCAAAAGCACGUCUAAGGCCGAAUCUACAGGUCGCGUCAGCUUCGCAGAGGAUGAUAAGAGGCCUAGUCGGGUGGGAACGCAUACAUUGAACCACAUCUCGGAAGUCGAACGGGGAGACGAGAGCAGGUAUUAGGUAGAGUUUAAACUCUACAUUUGGGUCUGUGGUAUCCUGCUGUAUAUAAUCGGAAUCAUGAUCCGGCGGCUGUUCCUGUUGA